AUGUCUGUGCAUGAGUUAUGCGGUCGUGACGGAACCCCUGUCGACGUCGAUGAACGAGUUAGGUUAGCUUGGGCGAUGUGCCGUCGCACCCCCUCUCAUGAAGGAUUGACCUUCACCAGAGUCGGAGGGAGUGCCAAACAACCCCGCCCCGAUCCCGAUCCCGAUACCUCCCCCGCCGACGACGACGACGAUGUCCUCCCCACCGUCCGCACAGGCUACUUCCGCCUCCCCACCCCAGGCGCUUCUACAUCCACAUCCUCCAACGGAAACGCAAUCGCCUCGUCUUCGAAACUCGUCUCUAACUCUACGAGAUCGAAAUCGAAAUCGAAAUCAAGUAUGGGUCCGCCGCUCAUGCCCACCACCGGCACUGGCACGGGCACCGGUAGACAUCGACCGCGGCCUUCUAUAAGUACGAAUUUCGAUACGGCCAACACCACUACCAUGACCUCAGCUGCAACCUCCGCCACCACAUCCAUAUCAGAUGAAUACGGUCCCCGGCCCUCUACGCCUUCUCCGCCGCACUCUCCCCAUCUCGCACCCCAGGCAGAACCCAUCCCAAACCCAAUGCCAAUGAUCAGAAAAGCGAAAGCAGCGCUCGAUCUCUCAAAGCAAUACGCAGCGGAAAAGAUGAGACAGGAACGGGAGAGGAAGAUGGAGGAGGAGAGGAUUAAGCGGAGGAGGGGUCGGGGGAGGGUUGGUGCUUGGACUGGGGGCGGGGGUGGGGGGUUGGAGGAGGGGAAGAGGGGGAAGGGGAAGGGGAGGGAGAGGGGGAGGGAUGGGAGGGAGAGGGAGAGGGAUAGGGAGGAAAUGAUGGGAUCGAGGGAGAGGGAGAGGGACGCGGUAAGAGAGGGGGGGAGGGAGAAAGUAAGGACGGAGAGAACAGAGAGCGCAGAGGCGUAUCUUGAUUCGGUUUCGGUUUCUCGGAGACGGUCUGCUGGUGGUUUCGUCACACCCAUCGAGGACACUAACACCACGUCGACGAGAUUAUUCGCCGGUGGAGGGGAACGCCGCAGACGCUCGUACACCACCACCACCACCAACGCACAACUUCAACAACCUCAACAACAGCAAUAUUCACCACCGAGCGCAAGUCCGCAAUACAGUCAUUCCCCCUCGAGCACGAUCGCGACGCCCGCACGGUCCGAACCGGACGCGGAUGGGGAUAUCGAUAUGGAUUUUGAGGUGUUGGCGCGGUAUCACCAGGACGCGCUGGCGCAAUAUCAAGACCGAGAGAAAGACCAGGAUCGGGAUCAGGAGCGGAAUACAUUCGCGAUGGACGCGCAGAAUCCGUUCGAGAUGGACAUCGAUGCCGAAAUGUUCGAUAACGGCCGACGACCGACCUCGGUGCAUUCUGCGUUCGAGUUCCCCACCACCACGACGGCCGGCAACACGACCACCGGCAAUGGGAACGGGAACGGGAACGGGAAUGGUGGACAACCGACGGGGAGCGCACCGACUGCGAGUCAGAGCCCGCAGCUUGUUAAAUCGCUGUCGCAGCCUCAGCCUGGGCCGAGUGGAGGCGGGGGUGGGGGUGCUUUCGGUAGUCCUUUCGGCGGUGGAGGCGCUUUCAGUGGAAGUCCUUUCGGUGGAGGUGCCUUCGGCGGCGGCGGCGGCGGCGGCGGUGGGAGUGGUGCAGGAUUGCAGUUCCGCUCGCCCUUCACACCACCGCGUUCGCAGGGCGCUGGGUCAUUUGGAGAGGGAGGUGGAGGUCCACCAAAGACACCGACGCCGCCUGAGGUUCCGUUCGCGUUUGCGGUGGGGUCGGGGCUGGGGAUGGUUGGAUCUUCGAAGCGCAAGAUGGGAGGGGGCGGUUCGACGUCUGGCUUGGGCUCUGGUUCCGGCUCUGGCUCUGGCUCGAAUUCGGGCGCGGGAGGAGGAGGAGGAGGUGCGGGCACGGCGACUAAAACGCGAAGGGUCUCCAUCGCGGGUGCGGGCGCGUCAAGGCAACCGUACGCCCGUCCACACCAAACACAUUCGCGUACACAUUCGAAAUCGCCGACGAGGCCGUUUGCGGUGCCGUCUGCUUCGCCGACGUUGAAGCCUGUGUAUACGACUGGGCGGGCGGGUUCUUCUUCCACUAUCACCGGCAACAACGGCGCUACCAACAUCGGUAGCAAUGGCAGUGGAAGCAACGGGAGCGGGAACGGAAACGGCACGAGCGUCUCACCCCCGAACCCCCCGGCACCAAGACCCACACAGACGCGGGCAUUGGGCAUGCGUCCGAUCUCUUCGGUGUCGGCGUUUGGGGUGUCGUCGCAGAGACCUGGUGUGAAUGGGAGCGGGGGCUCGAGUGGAGGGAAUGGGAAUGGGGGUGGCGGAGGGGGAGGGGGAGGAGGGGGUACGUCGUAUAGGAUUCCGGGGUUCAAGGCUCCUAGGCCUAGGAAUCUGAAUGGAGUGACUGGUUCGACGUCGACUUUGAUGGGUAUGGGUACGGGUACGACGACGAGAGCACCAGCACCAGCACCGGCCGCUCUGCCUCGAGCGCCGACGCCACCGCCGAAGUCGAUGGGCAUGGGCAAGUCGUUCGCUUCGACGUCGACGAAACCUGUAUAUGUCCCGGUUCCGAUUCCGGUCAAGAAGGAUACUUCGUCAUCGUCACGGAAGAGGAGGUCACCCUCUGUAGAAUCUGACGUGAUCGUGAUUUCGGACAACGAAGACGAUAACGAUAACGCGGAUCGGGACGACGGAGGUGAUCUGGGCGGGGAGGCGGCGGGGGCGGCAGAUUCGAGCGUGGAUUACGAUGUGUCGUUCGGGGUGGAUAUGGACGUGCUAGAUGCGGCGAUGACGGAUAUAGAGUCGCAGUUCGAGAGCUUCACGGGGACGGGGACGAGGAGCGGGACGGGGACGGUGGCGAGUACGGGUGGGACGGGGUCGUAUAGGACGUGUAGUGGGGGCGGGGGGAGGAGCGUGUCGCCGGAGUAUUGA